CCCGCCCCCUCGCCGGCUCGCUCGACUCGCGGGCUGGACGCGCUUUGGCGCCGGGCGGCAGCUCGACGUGUCCGGGAAGGUGGCCGCUUGGCUGGCAGCGCCGGCGGCUGCGUCUCCUGGCCCGGCGUGGGGGGCACCAUGCUGGACCCGUCCUCCAGCGAGGAAGAGUCCGAGGAGGUGCUGGAGGAAGAGCGGCGGGAGGUGCUGGCGGUGGCCGGCGCCGCGCCGCGAGCCCAGCCGGCGGCUCACCGGGAGCCCGGGCGCCAGGCGGGCGGCGGCGGCGGCGGCGGCGGGGCUGCCAGACCGGCCAGCCCCAGCCCCUCGGUGCGCAGCGAAGGCCGGGAAGAGCAGGAGCGGCUGCAGGAGGAGCGCCAGAAGCGGCUCCGGCUGCAGCUCUACGUCUUCAUCGUGCGCUGCAUCGCCCACCCCUUCAACGCCAAGCAGCCCACCGACAUGGCCCGCAGGCAGCAGAAGCUGAACAAGCAACAGCUACAGGUUGUGAAGGAGCGCUUCCAGGCUUUUCUAAAUGGAGAAACACAAAUUGUAGCUGAUGAAGCAUUUUGCAAUGCAGUUCGGAGUUAUUAUGAGGUUUUUCUCAAAAGUGAUCGAGUUGCCAGAAUGGUCCACAGUGGAGGAUGUUCUGCAAAUGACUUCAGAGAUGUUUUUAAGAAGAACAUAGAAAAGCGGGUCCGAAGCUUGCCUGAAAUUGAUGGAUUAAGCAAAGAGACUGUGCUAAGUUCUUGGAUAGCCAAAUAUGAUGCCAUUUACAGGGGAGAAGAGGACUUGUACAAACAGUCCAAUCGGAUGGCUUUAAGUGCUGUAUCAGAACUUAUUUUGAGCAAAGAACAGCUUUAUGAGAUGUUUCAGCAGAUUCUAGGCAUCAAGAAGCUGGAGCACCAGUUGAUCUACAAUGCCUGCCAACUGGACAAUGCAGAUGAACAGGCAGCUCAGAUUAGACGUGAACUUGAUGGGCGCCUCCAGCUAGCUGACCAAAUGGCAAAAGAAAGAAAAUAUCCAAAAUUUGUGGCAAAAGAAAUGGAGCCUAUGUAUAUAGAAGAACUACGGUCUUCAGUGAAUUUGCUAAUGGCAAAUUUGGAAAGUCUUCCAGUUUCUAAAGGUGGCCCAGAAUUUAAACUACAGAAGUUAAAAAGAUCACAAAAUUCUGCAUUCUUGGACAUAGGAGAUGAAAAUGAUGUUCAGCUGUCAAAAUCAGAUGUGGUGUUGUCAUUCACAUUGGAGAUCAUUAUAAUGGAAGUUCAAGGUUUAAAGUCACUCACUCCCAACCGCAUUGUUUACUGCACAAUGGAAGUGGAAGGAGGGGAGAAACUCCAGACAGACCAGGCAGAAGCAUCCAGACCACAAUGGGGAACUCAAGGGGAUUUCACCACAACUCAUCCUCGGCCCAUCGUCAAAGUUAAACUUUUUACAGAGAGCACUGGAGUCCUGGCACUUGAAGAUAAGGAGCUAGGGAGAGUAAUAUUGUACCCAACGUCCAAUAGUUCAAAGUCACCUGAGCUGCAUAAAAUGGUUGUCCCCAAAAACAGCCAAGACUCUGAUUUGAGGAUAAAGCUGGCAGUGAGGAUGGAUAAACCGCCGCACAUGAAGCACUGCGGAUAUUUGUAUGCUCUUGGACAGAAGGUAUGGAAAAGGUGGAAAAAGCGUUACUUUGUUCUUGUACAGGUUAGCCAGUACACGUUUGCUAUGUGUAGCUACAGAGAGAAGAAAUCUGAGCCUCAGGAGUUAAUGCAGCUUGAAGGAUACACGGUGGACUAUACGGCACCUCAUUCAGGUCUCCAAGGUGGCCAGAUGUUCUUCAAUGCUGUCAAAGAAGGCGACACUGUGAUAUUUGCCAGUGAUGAUGAGCAGGAUAGAAUCCUGUGGGUUCAAGCCAUGUACAGAGCAACGGGCCAGUCUUAUAAGCCCAUCCCUGCAAGUCAGGCCCAGAAGAUAAACUCAAAAGGAAACAGUACCCUUGCAGAUCUGUCACAGACUGCUGAUCGUGCUCAGAAGCAUAGCAUGGAUGAGUUUAUUUCUGCAAAUCCUUCCAAGUUUGACCAUGCCACACUCUUUAAAGUACUUCAGAGGCAGACCCUGGAUCACCGAUUGAACGAUUCCUAUUCUUGCUUGGGUUGGUUUAGCCCCGGCCAGGUCUUCGUGCUCGAUGAAUAUUGUGCUCGUUACGGUGUGAGAGGAUGCCACCGUCAUCUCUGCUAUCUGAAUGAAUUGAUGGAACACUCAGAGAAUGGUGCUGUCAUUGACCCAACCUUGCUCCAUUACAGCUUUGCCUUUUGUGCUUCUCAUGUUCAUGGCAACAGGCCUGACGGAAUUGGGACAGUGACUGUUGACGAGAAAGAGAAGUUUGAAGAUAUUAAGGAAAGACUUGCUUCCCUUUUAGAAAACCAGAUAAGCCACUUCAGGUACUGUUUCCCUUUUGGGCGUCCAGAAGGAGCUUUAAAAGCUACACUUUCAUUACUUGAAAGGGUCUUAAUGAAAGAUAUUGCCACUCCCAUACCAGCAGAAGACGUGAAGAAGGUGGUUAGAAAAUGUCUGGAGAAGGCAGCCUUGAUCAAUUACACUCGACUUACGGAUUAUGCAAAAAUAGAAGAGACACUGAAUCAAGCGCCUCCUUCGGUAAAGCUGGAAGAGGUUAUUCAUUUAGCAGAGCUCUGCAUUGAAGUCCUGCAGCAGAAUGAAGAGCACCAUUCAGAGGCUUUUGCUUGGUGGCCAGAUUUGUUGGCUGAACACGCAGAGAAAUUCUGGUCCCUCUUUACCGUUGACAUGGAUUCAGCGCUGGAAGCCCAGCCACAAGACUCCUGGGAUAGUUUUCCUCUCUUUCAGCUGCUAAAUAACUUCCUGAGAAAUGACUCACUUUUGUGCAAUGGAAAGUUUCACAAGCACUUGCAAGAGAUUUUUGUUCCUUUGGUCAUCCGCUACAUUGAUCUCAUGGAAUCAUCCAUUGCCCAGUCUCUUCACAGAGGUCUUGAACAAGAGUCAUGGCAGCCCGUCAAUAAUGGAUCAGCAACAUCAGAAGAUCUGUUCUGGAAACUUGAUGCACUGCAAGUGUUUGUGUUUGAUCUUCAUUGGCCAGAACCAGAAUUUGCCCACCACUUAGAGCAGAGACUUAAACUCAUGGCCAGUGAUAUGAUUGAAGCCUGUGUCAAGAGAACAAGAAUUGCAUUUGAACUCAAGCUGCAAAAGACGAGCAAAUCAACAGACUUACGCAUUCCCCCUUCCGUAUGCACCAUGUUCAAUGUGUUGGUUGAUGCAAAGAAGCAAACGGCUAAACUGUGUAUCCUGGAUGGGGGGCAAGAGAUUGGUAAUCAGUGGCAACAAUACCAUUCAAAAAUAGACGACUUGAUUGAAGAAACGGUGAAGGAAGUAAUUUUGCUCCUUGUUUCGAAGUUUGUUGCAGUGUUGGAAAGCGUACUGUCUAAACUAUCAAGGUAUGAUGAAGGCACUUUCUUCUCAUCCAUACUUUCAUUCACUGUGAAAGCGGCUGCAAAAUAUGUUGAUGUUCCUACUACAGACCACAACCGUAAACCAGGGAUGGAUCUAGCAGAUACUUACAUUACGUUCGUUCGUCAAAACCAAGAUAUUCUUCGUGAUAAGGUCAAUGAAGAAAUGUACAUUGAAAAAUUGUUUGAUCAAUGGUACAGCAGCUCCAUGAAAGUCAUGUGCGUGUGGCUGGCUGAUAGGUUAGAUCUCCAACUUCAUAUUUACCAGCUGAAGACACUCAUCAAGAUAGUGAAGAAGACCUAUCGAGACUUCAGGUUACAAGGUGUGCUGGAAGGAACCCUGAACAGCAAAACUUACGACACCGUCCACAGCCGUCUGACAGUAGAAGAGGCCACAGUCUCUGUGUCUGAUGGGAGUGGACUUCAAGGCAUCACUAUGAAGGACAGUGAUGAAGAAGAAGGCUGAUUUGUGUGUGCCUCAUUUAAUUGUUUUGUAAUUUGUUCCUGCAUCUGCAUUCAUGGUUUUGCCUUAAUGCCUCAAGUACAAUGAAAAUGUAGUUCAUCCCAUUCAAAGGAGUGAGAAAAUGCUCUCUGAAAGGUGGGUUGGAAUUCAGCGUGGGGAAAGAAGUUAGUGCCAAGGACUUUAUGAAAACAAUAGGGGGGAGGGGGUUUGCCUAUUUUUCUAUGUUGCUUUUGCUUUGCGCUGUGAGAAUGCCGGUAUGGAGCCCGUACUCAACUUGUGCUUCAGUUUCUUUUUGUUUGUGAUGUUGCAGUCUCUUCUUGUAACUUUACCGAAGAGUGGGCAUGCCUUGUGCAGAAAACAAAACUUUGUGCAUCACACACAACCCUACAGGCAGUCAUUCUGAGGAACUCUUCAGUGCAAUUGUUCGAAACUUAAAUUGUGCCCCUUGCCAGAAUUACGGCCCCACCCAUAUUUUUUCAUGGUUUGUUGCCAUUUGCAUUUCCUCCCAUGUUCUUUAUUAGGUGAAGUGCUUUAAAAAAAAUUACUUUUGAUUCCCAGUUCUUUGUUUUUGCUAUAUAUAAAGGCAGGAGGACUUCAAGGACUACCAAAUAAAAGAGACAAACAAAAUUCCAAAUUGUUCCUCUUCAUCCUCCUUGCAAGUUUAAAGAUCUCUCGUCUUGUUGGAUGUCAGGAUGCUUGUCUUUGGUAUUUCUAUGUCUCUGUGAAAACUUGCAGGCAAUAAGACCCCCCCCCCCUCCACUUCUGUAUCUAGCCCACAUUUGUAUAAAGAUUCUAAAAUUAAAAGAUGUUUGCAAUAUUUCAAACCAGCUGACCUCGUGUACUUUUUUGGGUUAAAAA